CCCAGCUGAUAAGCCUGGACAAAGGACGUCAAACAAAGAACCACCUGUGGCCAGUCAGUAAAUGUGUAUUCCUGAAUUCUGAAUUAAUCAGAGAAGAAAUUAUAUCGAACUAGUGACGUCUCAGGGCGUUAGGCCCGGGAGGAGGGGAGUGCGGCUGUGUGGUAAGUCAGAAGAAGGCUGAAGACUGAAGUGUUUUAACCUACCUCGGAGCCGGCGGCCCUGCCAAGUGACAGCUGAUUUGUACAUUUUUAGCGCACCCACUGUUGGAACGACGCAGGAGCCUCGACUGGAUGCCUCACGCAGAAAACCUUAAGAAUUAUGAAUUCUGAGCUUAUGCAAGGCCUGAAACAGUUUGCAAGGUUUUGAGAUUGCUGAUAGCUGACCGUCACUGAUAUAUGAUCGCUACACAAGCAUUCCCAUUCCAAGCAGUUUCAGGAUCGUCUCCCAAAAACGUUAAGGAACGAAGGCAAAAUCUGCCAACGAUACGAUUGAUGGUCAGUCUUACAUUGCCGUAUCACUAUAUUUAAGCAGUCUAAAAUGUCAUUUGACCCGGAGUCCAAGAAAUAUAAGAUGUGUUACUCUCGGCGUGGCAAAGCCGUUAUAUUCAACCACGACUCCUCUAAAAAUCCUCGCCCUGGAUCUAGCGUUGAUGUAAAAAAAUUAGUUAACACUUAUGAAAGCCUGGGAUUUCAGACAAAAGUGCACAAAAACCUAAAAUUUCAGAAUAUAAAAUCCAAAAUAAAAAAAUUAAGUAGAGAAGACUUCUCUGACGCCGAUUGUUUGUGCAUCACGGUGCUGACUCAUGGAUUGAGCAGAAAUUACGUAGAAGCUUCGGAUGUUGCGUACAAAGUUCAUGAACUUUGGACUCCUUUUACUGACGACAAAUGCAAGAGCCUGGCAGGAAAGCCCAAGCUCUUCAUCAUCCAGGCUUGUAGAGGUGACAAGAGGGACUGUGGGACCAUCUUAAAUAAUGAAGGCGGUACAGAAACUGACAAUGGGGAAUCCUACACAAUUCCGAGUCAUGCUGACUUUCUUUUAGCCUACAGCUCUGUUGAAGGCACAGUCUCCUUCCGGAACAAGGAAUCAGGGUCGUGGUUCAUACAGAUGCUGUGUGAUGAAUUACAAAAGAAUGCAGCCAAAAUGGAUUUUUUAAAGCUGCUGACUACUGUUUCCCGCAAAGUGGCUCUUGAUUUUGAGACUGAAAAUGAAUACAAUCCAAGCUGCCACAAAAAUAAGCAGGUUCCCUCUGUGGUCUCUACUUUGAUCAGAGACAUUCACUUUACCUCGGCCGGUGACAAGAGCUCCGGAAACCAGAACCAAAUUGACGCCAUCCAGGACAUGGCAGGAAAGUGCGAACUUAGUGCGGACGGACUUCAAGACAGGAACUCUGACAGGCUUGCUCCCAACACGCCCGGAACGCCCAUCCUGGAGGAGAAAGGAUGUACUAGUUAUAAUAGUAUGGCAGCGUGCUAUCCGAUGCACUCCCAAAAAUCUGUGGCGUCGGUUUCAUCUAAUGCGAACGAUAUGACCGAUAUGCCCAAUCCUUACAAUCCAUUGAAAGACCAUGUAGGGACUUCGCAUGCCAAGAUGCCAGUUGGCAAGGAGUCAAAGGAAUAUAACAUGAGUCAGCACGGUAUAGCUGUUGUAUUCAACAAUGGAACUAAUGAUCCUCUCUCUGGUUCUAAGUAUGAUGAAAAUAAGCUAAUUCAAACGUAUGAAAACCUUGGGUUGAAGACAGAAUUGCACAACAACGUUACAAUGGCUGACAUCCAAUCCAAAAUAGAAAAUUUAAGUAAAGAAAACUUCGACGACGCCGCUUGUUUGUGUGUGACGGUGCUUUUUUAUGAUGCCAACAGCGAAACAAUGCGUGCCCUUGAAAAUUUGUGGACACAUUUUACUGCGGACCGCUGCAAGACUCUUGCAGGAAAGCCGAAGAUAUUCAUCAUCCAGGCUCGCAGAGGUAAACAUGUCGACUCUGGGGUCGAUAAUGUACGAAGUACAUGCUCAGAAACGGAUGGCAGGAAAAUGUACAGGAUACCUAACCAUGCUGACUUUCUUUUGGUGUACAGUACUGCAAAAGACUGCGUGGCGUGGCGUGAUUCUGAAAAAGGUUCAUGGUUUAUCCAAUCUCUAUGUGAUGAAUUACAAUCAAAUGCAUCCGAAUUAGAUCUUUUAAAGCUCUUAACUAAUGUUUCCCGAAAAGUUGCUCUUCAUCAUCAGUCGUCCGAUGAUCAAAUGUCACGGCGCAAUGAGCAGAAACAGGUACCCUGUGUUGUGUCAAUGUUGAUAAGAGAUGUGUACCUACGCCCUAAAACUUAAGCUGAAACAUGAUUGGAGAGCAAAAUGAACUUCUUUCUUCGACGGUUUGAAGCUCUCUUAGCUUAGGUUAAAUCCCAGUUCUUUUAGUUCUUAAGUAAAAUGUUACAAUAGUUAAAAUUUGUUAGGUUAGGUUUUUCUGCUCAAAACGUCCCUUCAUCAGGGCUUCUUUUUCUUGGGACUGAAAAAAAAAACAGUAUAGUCCAAAGAAUAUGUAAAGCUUGUGGCUAAUUAAAGGGGAAUUAAAAAUCAAGCCCCACCUGACCACCAAGGGAAGUUUCUAACGGCUAUUUCCAGCCCUGAAGAGCUCCACUUAGUGGUUGGGCCCAAGAACCCAUA